AUGGGUCCCAUCAUCAAGGCGGCGCUCGUGGGCGCGGCCGCGCACCACCACCACGAGCACAAGAAGGAGAAGAAGGAGGCGCAAGCCAUGCAGCAGGAGCGGAUGCGCCAGCAGCAGCAGCAGUCAUACGCCCAGGGAGUGGCUGUGGGCGCCCAAAUGGCGGCGCCUCCGGGGCAACAGGCCGCCGCGCCUAACGUGGUGGUGGUCCCGCCCCCCCAACCGCCGGGGGUAUUUGUGCCCGCCCCACCGCCUGGGAUGGUUGCGGCCCCGCCUCCCGUCGUGUUCUACCCCGCACCGGGAACUCCUGUUGCAUACCCGUAUCAGAAGUAG